ACUCUUCGUUCCUCAUUGUCAUCCCUCGCCCGUCGCCUCUUGCCCCUCAUCCUCCGCUUCUCGCUCCUCAUCCCUCACCUGUCAUCCCUUGUCCUUUAUCCUCAUCCCUCGCCCGUCAUCUCUUGCCUGUCGCCCCUCAUCCCUGGCCCCUCAUCCGUGGGGCUUCGCAGCCCUGAGGGAGCAGGGGGCCGCGCUGGGCUGUGGGCCGGGGCUGGAGGGCAGGUGCUCUCUGCGGGGAACCUGUACUCGGGCUGCAUGCUGUGCCCUGGGCCCUGCGAGGGGUGCACCCCCUGUGUCCUGCUCCUCCACGGGGCUGGAGGGUGGCACAGCCUUCUCCUGAGGCUGCAGGGUCACGUUCAGCCCUCAAGUGUGAGAGUGGAAAACGUACUAUUGCUGUUAGUCACUUUUUGUAGGUAGACAUUGCAGUGGAUGAAGUUUCGGGUGUAAACUGGAUAUUUUUUUACAUGCCUGCGUGAUUGUAAUGAAGCCCGAAACGGCUAAGCAUUAAAUUAACAAACAGGGCUGUCAGGAGACUUGAAUUUGUAGAGCAUAUAAAAUGUGAAUUGCCUUUUAUUCUUAAACACCUGAUUUUUGUCCACUAUUUAGGAGGUAGAGAAUGUCUUUUCGUGGAAGAGGAGGUGGGGGAGGAAGAGGAGGUGGCUUCAAUCGUGGAGGAGGUGGAGGUGACAGAGGCGGCUUUAAUCGUGAAAGAGGUGGCUUUGGACGAGGAGGUGGACGAGGAGGACGAGGAGGCUUCAACAGAGGCGGAUAUGACCAGGGGCCUCCAGAAAGGGUAGUUUUAUUGGGAGAGUUUAUGCAUCCUUGUGAAGAUGACAUUGUUUGUAAAUGUAAAACGGAAGAAAACAAGGUGCCUUAUUUCAAUGCCCCAGUGUACUUGGAUAAUAAGGAACAGAUUGGCAAAGUGGAUGAAAUCUUCGGACAGCUGAGAGAUUUUUAUUUUUCAGUGAAACUGUCUGAGAAUAUGAAAGCCUCUUCAUUUAAAAAAAUGCAAAAGUUUUACAUUGAUCCAGCAAAGCUGCUACCCCUUCAGAGAUUUUUGCCAAGGCCACCUGGAGAAAAAGGUGCUCCCAGAGGAGGUGGUAGAGGAGGACGUGGUGGAGGACGUGGAGGAGGAAGAGGUGGUGGUAGAGGAGGAUUUGGAGGAGGAAGAGGUGGAGGAAGAGGAGGAUUCAGGGGAGGAAGAGGUGGCGGAGGAGGAGGAUUCAGAGGAGGAAGAGGUGGUGGAGGAGGCUUUCGGGGAAGGGGAUAUUAAAAAUGGAGCCGUGAAUAUCUCCCCACUGUCUUACCAUAUGAUCUGUGGAAGUGAAGAAUGAGGAAAAAUUUUUGUAAAGGACCCUGAAAAAGUUCUUUUUAUGAAGAACUUGAAGCUGUAAAAUGACAAUUAUUUUUACACUUAGUGACUGUUGAUCAACACAGUGAGGAAAGCGUAGCUCCAGAUGAAGAACUGGACUGCUCAGAAAAUACUUGAACUUUUUCAAAUAAGCCAGGAUUCAAUGUUAUUCUUAAACUGUUUCUGACAGGUGGCAUAGUCUUUGCUUGACUUCAUGUUGGAGUUUGGAGUAAACAAUCAAUUGAAAUGUUUUUUGAGAAAACCCUAUAGGAUCUCCACCUGCACAUUCAUCAGCACGAACCCGUUGUCUAUGUGUGACUGAUCCCUGGUUCUCCUUUUUAUAUUGAGUCUUCCGGGUUGCUCUAAAGUGGGCAUGCCUUUUAAACAACCUUUGUGAACCUUUUUUUGCAAACUAAACU